AUGGCGGUAGUACGGAGACCACGAUGGCGACCAUUACUGUCUACCGUUAUUAUAGCAGCUAUUGCAGGCUCUGUAGUUGCAAAGAAUGUCGCUCAGUUGAGUGUUCCGGAGAUUGAAGACGCGAUUCAAGCAUGCCCGAUCAUCCAAGAGUUGAAUAUCCACAAGCGCGCAACGAACCCUGAGACUUCCAGCUGGACCUCACAGAUCUUCGAACAACUGUUCCCAGGGUCUCCAGCUGUCAAUGCUCUCCUUGCUACUCUAUACAUUUCUGGUCCACCGAAUUUCCUCCUCGCGUUAUGCCCUCCCAACAUCGAUCCUUCCUCCCUAUCCGUCAUGGUCGCCUUCGCCGUUGGAGGCUUACUCGGAGACACGCUUUUCCACCUCUUACCCGAGAUCUUCCUAGGCGAAGCAGCCCCGGAUCAUGCGCGCUUUGUGAUGGUAGAGCCCAACAAGAAUCUGCUCUUGGGUGUCGCGAUCAUGGUUGGAUUCUUGACUUUCGUUGCCAUGGACAAGAGCCUACGGAUAGCAACUGGAGGUGAAGGCGGCCACGAUCAUAGCCAUAGUCACAAAGGGGAGGUGAAGGAAGAGAAAAAUCAGGCACCAUCAACCGCAGUGGCUAUUGGAGCAAAGCUGGCGGCCGCAAAUGGAAGCGUAAAGUCUCGCAAGAAGAAGUCCGUAUCGGAGUCUAUUACCAGCGAUAGGAGUGUGCUUCAACUGCCUGCUGAGUCACUUCGGAAGCUGUGGACGCGCGACGAGCCUCAGCGAGCCAAUCGCUGGCUGGAGGAAGUACUCGAGGAAGAUCCAGACAGUGGAGUGAUGCAGAUCGCUCUUUGGAAAGCCUAUGAAGCAGCUUUUCGAGGCUCUCGCGCCCCUCUGGUCGAAGCCACCGCACUCAUCCAUAGCGCCAGUAAAGUAUUUGAAGGGGCAUCGGCGCAAGUAAUCAAAGGCCACAAACCAAAGUUCAUCAUAGAAGGAGUCAGGCCUCGGCAACCAGCUCGGGAAAAGAGCGAAGCAAAAGCGCCUCAAGCACUCAUCAAGCCUUCAUCCAAGGCAGAGCCCUCCAAAUACUCGAAGAAAGAACCCUCAGCAUCUAUCAAGCUGUCUGCCUACCUCAACCUAAUCGCGGACUUCACCCACAACAUUACCGAUGGUCUUGCUCUCUCAUCCUCCUUCUACGCCUCUCCAACCCUCGGCGCGACGACCACUGUUGCCGUCUUCUUCCACGAGAUACCUCACGAGGUUGGUGAUUUUGCUCUACUAAUCCAAUCAGGCUUCUCUAAGAAAAUGGCGAUGGGCGCGCAAUUCGUCACAGCUCUGGGAGCAUUCUUGGGCACCUGCUUGGGCAUCGCUGUCCAAGAGCUUGGGAAAUCGGGUAAUGGUGCUAUGUCUGGUGAGGUCAGGAGCAAGGGUCUAGCUGGCACUGGACUGGGCUGGGGAGACAUGCUACUGCCUUUUACAGCGGGGACAUUCUUGUACGUUGGGACUGUGGCAGUUAUUCCGGAAUUGUUGGAAACCGGCCCGAACAAAAGGGAAGAAGUGAAGAAGACAGUAUCUCAAUUCGUCGCUAUGGCUGUUGGGGCGGGAAUCAUGCUAGCGAUAUCAUGGUCAUAA